CGACACCGGCUGACGGACGGCGAGCGGCGCGGGCAGCCGGCCAGCGCCACCACCGAGCCCGUUCAGGCCGGGCCCGGACCGUGCCCGUUCGAAAAGCGGCACAUCUUCACUACUCCGCUGGCCGACCGCAACAGCUACCGCGUCAUCAGUUACAACAUCCUGGCGGACCUGUACGCGGACUCUGAUUUCACCCGGACGGUUCUUCAUCCGUACUGCCCGCCGUACGCGCUUCAUAUAGACUACCGCAAGCAGCUCAUUGUCAAGGAAUUGUUGGGAUACAACGGCGACAUAGUGUGUCUGCAAGAGGUGGACAAGAAGGUGUUUGAUGGCGAUCUGACGCCCAUGCUGGGUGACGCCGGACUGGAGGGCGUGUUCACGUACAAGGGGGGUCAGGUCACCGAGGGACUUGUCUGCUUCUUCCGGCGGGACAAGCUGAGGCUGCUGCAGACGGAGCGGCUGGUGCUGGGCGAGGCGUUCUCGCAGGACCCGCUGUACGCCGACAUUGAGCGCGCCUGCGUCGCUAGCCCGCCGCUGCGCGACAGGCUGACGAUGCGCACGCAGGUGCUGCAGGUGAACGUGCUGGAGUCGACGGUGGCGCCGCCGGAAGGCCCGUCGCGCCUCCUGGUGGUGGCCAACACUCACCUCUACUUCAAGCCGGACGCCGACCACGUGCGCGCGCUGCAGAUCGGCAUGUGCAUGCGCCACCUGGAGCGGCUGGUGGAGCGGCUGCGGGCCGAGGUUCCGACCCGGGAGGUGGCUCUGCUGUUCUGCGGAGACUUUAACAGCUGUCCGGAGUUCUCGGUGGUGCGGUUGAUGACCAAACAGAGUCUGGAAGAAGGACUCGCCGACUUUUCCAGUGCGCCGGGGGAGGAGGUUCGCGGCGUGUCGUUCCGCCAGCCGUACCAGAUGGCCAGCGCCUGUGGCCUGCCCGCCUAUACCAACCACGUGGACACGUUCGUCGGCUGCCUGGACUACAUCUUCUACAUGGCGGACUGUAUGGAGGUGCUGCAGGUGGUGCCGCUGCCCUCGCACGAGGAGGUGACCCGGCACACGGCCCUGCCCAGCGUCGUGUUCCCCUCCGAUCACCUGGCACUGGUGGCCGACCUUGGCUGGCGCCGGCCGUGACGUCAACGCGCUGUGGGCGGCGCAGACCGUGAUGUCAUCACGUUGCGACCGAUAGCACAAUUUGACUGUUGUUUGUUGUGGCUGCGUGCUGCACAUUUCUUUUGCGUGUCAGGAUGCAAUGCCGCGCGACAUUCACGACAUCUUUGCUAUCCAUGCAUCACAUCCAUGGACAAUUGUGGUAGGGAUGUCGGCAGACCUGUGCUUGGUACGAGGGGAAAUUCGCGCUGGCCCCAUUUUAUAGUCAACUCUUCGCGAGUCGAUAAGUGAAUAAUGUGGCGGGUCAGGUUAGGUCAGUGACGAUGCAUGUUUCCUGUGCGGAUGGGGUGCGUCAUGCAUCUGUACCCUUUCGAGGGAAACACCAUCUCCAGUGAUCUGGUUUGACCUUCGUGUUUCUCAUCGUGACCUUUCCGGCCGAAAACGAAGUAGGGGCGACGUGGAACCGUGACGUCACUGGGCAGACAUCGAAAUAUCUGACAUGACCAAAGGCCUAUCACUUGUGCACUGUGCUCCUAAGGAGGUGGUUGGGAUAGCUCGCACUUCAAACAAAAUAUAUACCUCAUCA